AAUCCAGCUUUAUUAUGAAGACAUAAAAUCAGUUGGCAGUAGUGAAAAAAAGUAGUGUCACUAAUUAAUUCAUUUUGACGUUGACACUGACAGCUAAAAAUUGUUUAUGAUUUUGGAUUUGAUUUAAACUUGUAAAAUAAUAUUAAUAACAACCACCCAACAAAAACGUAUUUUUAUCCAAAACAAUGAGUGAAUUUAAAUUGCAACACAUUGUGGCAGAAUUACUGAAUAGUCUAGGGGGCAAAGUAAAUCCUAAUAAAUUAGUAGAGUAUUUACAAGCACGGGAAACAACAAGUUCUGCAGGAUAUUCUGUAGUUAUCCAGAAUCAUUUAUCCCGGCUCUCUCAAGAUAUUCCUGAAGCACAAGCCUUUCUUGUUAAAUAUAAUGACCUAAAAGACAAAAAUGUUGAUUCCUUGGAUGCUUUUGUGCAAUUAUUGGAUCAAAUUUCACAAGAUCAUAGCUUAAAGGAGCUUUUGCUAAAAAGCAAUAGACCUUCAAUGUCUCCUUCCACAGAACUAACUAAAGAUAAUUUGCCACAGAUUAAAAAUCGUUUAAAAAAAGCUGUAACCAAAAAACCAACUAAGGAUGAUUCUAUAAAAUCAAUUUUAAACACUUCACCAACAGUUCCACUAGCUAAUACUCCCACAGUAAUUUCCUGGGUUCAGAGACGUCCACAUAUGACUUGUGAUUUUUCUCCCAAUUUUUCUCACCAGUCCAUACCAACAGUACCUGUGGUAUCUCAAGAAAACAUCCUUAUUGAAGAUUUACUGAAUAUCUUGAUAGGAUUACCAGGAUGCUACAUAGAACCUGAAGAAUUGAGAGAUGUUUAUGGUCCAAGAACUUUUAGGAUUAAUGAUAAUGUUCCGCUUUCUUUAAGAGAACUUAUUAAACAGAUAUUACCUUUGGCCAGCCAUUAUUCUAUAAUACAGAGAUUUACAGAAGAAAAAAUGAGGUUUGAAUUUGGACAAGUUAAUAAUGCUUUGGCUGAAGCCAUGCAGAAUAUUAUUAAAGAGCAUAUGUUAUUUACAAUCCAAUUGGAAAGCGAAUUUCAAUCGAAGAAUCUAACCAUACAGAAACUAUGGUUUUACGUUCAAAGAAAUAUGCAGAGCUUAGGAAUUGCAGCAAACAUAGCAUCAUCAAUAAGUAAGUCGGAUGCAAAAGGUGGAAAGGUUUUAAGUUUACUUCAUGAUCAUGUAAGUGGUUCUAUUGGAGACGAAAGAGCUCAACUUCUGUGUUUAAAAUUGAUGGAAGCUGCAUGUUAUCCAUAUAUGAAAAUGUUGGGAAUGUGGAUAUACAAAGGAAUCAUCACUGAUCCAAUAAAUGAGUUUCUAGUCGAAGACAACGAACUUGUACAAAGGGAAGAUAUGCCAGUUAAUUAUUCUGCCGAUUAUUGGGAAAAGAAAUAUGCAGUCCGAAGGGAAAGAAUACCAAAAUUCCUGGAGCCAGUUGCCGAUAUAAUACUCAAAGCCGGAAAAUAUUUGAAUGUUAUACGACAGUGUGGUAAACCAGUGAAAAAUAAAGUUUUGCCCAUUCAGUACAAAAUAGAAGAGAAGCACUAUAUCGAAGCCAUAGAAAAAGCUUACAUGUUCGCAAGUCAGACUCUUCUAAACUUAGUAAUAAAAGAGAAGGAUCUCAUAGGAAGGCUAAGAUCUGUAAAACACUAUUUUCUCCUAGAUCAGGGGGAUUUUAUUGUCACUUUUCUCACCUUGUGUGAAAAGGAGUUGGGGAGAUAUUCUAUGGACGUUAAUCAGACUUGUAUAGAAUCUCUUAUGGAAUUAGCAUUACGAUUAUCUAGUGCCAUAAACGAUCCUUACAAAGAUGAUUUAAGAACUGAAUUGCUACCAUAUGAUCUACAGUUCCAGAUGUUUAAGAUUCUGAGCAUUCAGACAAACUCAGAACAAGAAUAUUGGUCUGCAGCAGAACAAGAAAAACUACUUAUGAUCCAAUCGUUCUCUUUUGGGUACGAAGUUCACUGGCCUCUUUCUCUAAUCUUAAACAGGAAGGCGCUAGCGUGUUACCAAAUGAUUUUCCGUCACCUGUUUUACUGUAAAUACAUCGAAAGAAUGAUCUGUCAAGUGUGGAAAUCAAAUAAGGUGGCUAAAAAGUUUCAGUUUGAAGACGCGCAGCACUACAGAGCAGCUUUCGCUUUGAGACAGAGGAUGUUACAUUGUAUACAAAACUUGGAGUACCAUAUGAUGGUGGAAGUGAUAGAGCCGCAUUGGUGUGCGUUUUUAAACAAAAUAGGCAAAGUUCAAAAUGUAGAUGAGAUUCUCUCGUGCCAUUGGGAUUUCUUAAAUAGUUGUUUAAAGGAUUGCAUGCUGACCAUACCUCCAAUACUUAGUACUAUAAUAAAGUUGUUGAGUAUCUGUGAAGAAUUUUGUAAAUUUGUACAGAACGAACUAGUUUUCCAGGGAAAUUCAGAGAUCACUGAACCCACACUUAGUUUUAAGGAGAGAAUCUCACUUUUCGAUGUUGCGUUUUCUGGAGCACUAAUAAAGUUAUUGGACCAAAUCAAUGAACUGAAUAGAGAUACGAGUGAGCACGAGAGGCUUUUCAAUUUAUUAUACAGAUUGGACUUCAAUUCGUACUACAGCGGCCAGUUGGAGAAAAUCGGUUUGGACAGACUAGUCAAAGAUUCUUCUGGAUAACAGUGGUUGUAGAUUUUUCAUUUGUGAAUAUUGAUUAAUGUAUAAUUAUGUUAAGGUAAUAAAAACGCUUGUUUACUAAUAAAAAUAUAAAACUUUAUUUUAAAUUAAUGA